AUGUUUAAUCGGAGAGCCGGGUUCCAAAUCCACGCGUUUAUUCUCUCCACCCCAGUUAAUUUCUUCCAAGGAUGGAUAAACCGUAAAAAAUCGAAUCAAUCAAUGAAUUAUCAUUAUUAUUUAGAAAUUCUUCCAAAUUAUACAAGGAAAUUAUUUCAUUUAAAUGCUGGCAUCUAUCUAUCUAUCUAUCUAUCUAUCUAUCUAUCUAUCUAUCUAUCUGAAUGUAUUCAUUAUCUAUCUAUCUAUCUAUCUAUCUAUCUGAAUGUAUUCAUUAUCUAUCUAUCUAUCUAUCUAUCUAUCUAUCUAUCUGAAUGUAUUCAUUAUCUAUCUAUCUAUCUAUCUAUCUAUCUGAAUAUUUUUCCUAUCAAAAUGCUAUUCAUUUCUAUCUAUCUAUCUAUCUAUCUAUCUAUCUAUCUAUCUAUCUAUUACUGUUUCUAUCUAUCUGCUUUUCUUUGGCCGUAA